GGCGGCCACGGACCUGCAGCGCUGACUGCAGCUGCCCCCUGGGCUGGACAACCCGGGACGCGCUGGCUGGAGCUCCACCUCUGCACCCCAGCUUCCCUUUGCCACAUCCUCAAGCCUCCACGAAGCUGGGGGGUCCCUUCUCUCACCCAUCCAUCAGCAGGAUGUACCCCCAGGGAAGGCACCCGACCCCGCUGCAGUCUGGCCAGCCUUUCAAGUUCUCAGUCCUGGAAAUCUGUGACCGGAUCAAAGAGGAAUUCCAGUUUCUCCAAGCUCAAUACCACAGCCUCAAGCUAGAGUGUGAGAAGUUGGCCAGCGAGAAGACAGAAAUGCAGAGGCAUUAUGUGAUGUACUACGAGAUGUCCUACGGACUCAACAUUGAGAUGCACAAACAGGCUGAGAUUGUGAAGCGACUGAGUGCAAUCUGUGCCCAGAUGGUCCCGUUUCUUACUCAGGAGCAUCAGCAGCAGGUGCUCCAGGCCGUGGACCGAGCCAAGCAGGUGACCGUGGGGGAACUGAACAGCCUCCUGGGGCAGAAUCAGCUCCAGCCGCUGUCCCACGCACCCCCUGUGCCUCUCACCCCGCGCCCAGCCGGCCUGGUGGGUGCCGGGGCCACUGGGCUGCUGGCCCUAUCUGGGGCGCUAGCUGCGCAGGCCCAGCUGGUGGCCGCCGUCAAGGAAGACCGUGUGGGUGUGGACACCGAGGGAUCCAGAGUGGACAGAGCUGCCAGCAGGAGUUCUUCCCCCUCGCCCCCUGAGAGUCUGGUAGAAGAGGAGCACCCCGGCAGCCGAGGUAGCAAUGGGAAACAGCAGCGAGCUGGAGACAAGGACCUGUCAGGGCCUUAUGACAGUGAGGAAGACAAGAGUGACUAUAACCUGGUAGUGGAUGAGGACCAGCCAUCAGAGCCCCCCAGCCCUGUGACCACCCCGUGUGGGAAGGCGUCCCUCUGUAUUCCAGCCCGCAGGGACCUCACAGACAGUCCAACCUCCUUGGCCUCCAGUUUGGGCUCACCGCUCCCCAGAAGCAAAGACCUAUCCCUGACCGAUCUUCCCACAGGCACUCCUGCCUCCAGGUCAUGUGAUCCUUCUCCACCCCAGGACUCAUCCACCCCGGGGCCCAGCUCAGCCGGCCACCUUGGCCAACUGCCAGCUCAGCCGGCACCAUCCACAGACAGCAUUGCCCUGAGGAGUCCCCUGACCCUGUCCAGCCCUUUCACCUCAUCCUUCAGCCUGGGCUCCCACAGCACCCUCAACGGGGACCUCUCCAUGCCUGGCUCCUACGUCAGCCUCCACCUGUCCCCACAGGUCAGCAGCUCUGUCGUGUGUGGACGCUCACCUCUGAUGGCAUUUGAGUCGCACCCCCAUCUCCGAGGCUCGUCUAUCUCCUUGCCUGGCAUCCCUGGGGCUAAGCCGGCUUACUCCUUCCACGUGUCUGCGGAUGGCCAGAUGCAGCCGGUGCCCUUCCCUUCGGAUGCGCUGGUAGGCACGGGCAUCCCUCGCCACGCGAGGCAGCUGCACACACUGGCCCAUGGUGAGGUGGUGUGUGCCGUCACCAUCAGCAGCUCCACACAGCACGUGUACACAGGCGGCAAAGGCUGCGUGAAGGUGUGGGACGUGGGCCAGCCCGGCAGUAAGACACCUGUAGCACAGCUGGAUUGCCUGAACCGGGACAAUUACAUCCGCUCCUGCAAGCUGCUGCCUGACGGGCAGAGCCUGAUUGUAGGUGGCGAGGCCAGUACCCUGUCCAUUUGGGACCUGGCAGCACCCACACCACGCAUCAAAGCGGAGCUGACCUCGUCCGCCCCGGCCUGCUACGCGCUGGCCGUCAGCCCGGACGCCAAGGUCUGCUUCUCCUGCUGCAGCGAUGGCAACAUCGUGGUCUGGGACCUGCAGAACCAGGCCAUGGUCAGACAGUUCCAGGGCCACACGGACGGGGCCAGCUGCAUCGACAUAUCAGACUAUGGGACCCGGCUGUGGACUGGGGGCCUGGACAACACGGUGCGCUGCUGGGACCUGCGUGAGGGUCGCCAGCUUCAGCAGCAUGACUUCAGUUCCCAGAUCUUCUCGCUGGGCCACUGUCCGAGUCAGGACUGGCUGGCCGUGGGGAUGGAGAGCAGCCACGUGGAGGUCCUGCAUGUGCGCAAGCCUGAGAAGUACCAGCUCCGCUUACACGAGAGCUGUGUGCUGUCACUCAAGUUCGCUUCCUGUGGACGCUGGUUUGUGAGCACAGGCAAGGACAACCUGCUCAAUGCCUGGAGGACGCCCUACGGGGCCAGCAUUUUCCAGUCCAAAGAAUCUUCUUCUGUAUUGAGCUGCGACAUCUCCAGGAAUAACAAGUACAUCGUGACAGGCUCAGGGGACAAGAAGGCCACUGUAUAUGAGGUGGUAUAUUGAGCCAUCUGCUGCCUUUUCAGGUCACCUGCCUUGGAUGGCUGACCACUCGGGACAUAGGUCCCUCUGCUCUCACACCUGACUUGCCCCCUCCUAGCUGGGUGGGGCUGGGGGCACUGGGGAAAUAUAAUAUUGAUCAACUUGC